CCGCCCCGCCCCCGCCGCGCCGCGCCUCGGAGCCGGGACGGCGGGGCGGGCCUUACGGCCCAGGCCCAUGCCCAGAGCCCGCCCCGGCCUCAGGCUCUAUGUAAAGUUGGCGGUGGCGGAGUCUGAGGCGUCGGUGGGAACUCACGAGCCUUGCACGCAGAGGCCCUCAGCGCCCGGUCUCCAGCGCCGCGGUCUCCCCACAUCCCCGGACGGGCGCUGUGGGAGGCUGAGGCCGGCAUGCGGGACUACGACGAGGUGACCGCCUUCCUGGGCGAGUGGGGGCCCUUCCAGCGCCUCAUCUUCUUCCUGCUCAGCGCCAGCAUCAUCCCCAAUGGCUUCAAUGGGAUGUCAAUCGUGUUCCUGGCGGGGACCCCGGAGCACCGUUGCCUGGUGCCUCACACCGUGAACCUGAGCAGCGCGUGGCGCAACCACAGCAUCCCGUUGGACGGACGACAGGUGCCCCAGAAAUGCCGCCGCUACCGACUGGCCACCAUCGCCAACUUCUCUGAACUGGGGCUGGAGCCGGGACGGGACGUGGACCUGGAGCAGCUGGAACAGGAGAGUUGCCUAGAUGGCUGGGAGUACGACAAGGACGUCUUCCUGGCCACCAUCGUGACAGAGUGGGACCUGGUGUGUAAGGAUGACUGGAAAGCCCCACUCACCACUUCCUUGUUUUUCGUGGGUGUGCUGAUGGGCUCCUUCAUUUCAGGACAGCUCUCAGACAGGAACAGAAAUUCUUUCCAAGUCAAUUCGAAUUAUAUUCGCUACCUUAGGAGUUUGCAUAUUUUAUGCAUUUGGCUUCAUGGUGCUGCCUCUGUUUGCAUACUUCAUCAGAGACUGGAGAAUGCUGCUGCUGGCGCUCACUGUGCCAGGGGUGCUGUGUGCAGCUCUCUGGUGGUGAGUGUCAUUCUGGCCCUUGGGCUGCCUACCUUGUGGGGUAGCUUCUGUGUCAUAUCCGCUUCCACUAUCUUCGAUCCAAGUGAGUUACAAGACUUAAAUUCCAAGAAGCCUCAGUUGCACCACAUUUAUGAUCUGAUCCGAACACGGAACAUCAGGAUCAUCACCAUCAUGUCCAUAAUCCUGUGGCUGACCAUAUCAGUGGGCUAUUUUGGACUUUCUCUUGAUACUCCUAACUUGCAUGGGAACAUCUAUGUGAACUGCUUCCUAUUGGCGGCUGUUGAAGUCCCAGCCUAUGUGCUGGCCUGGCUGUUGCUGCAGUACUUGCCCCGGCGAUAUUCUAUCUCUGCUGCCCUCUUCCUGGGUGGCAGUGUCCUUCUCUUCAUACAGCUGGUGCCUUCAGGUAUGGAACACAUUUGUUUACAGAUGUAAGUCUUCGGUAAUUCCCUUUCUUGAACCAGGCUAUUAAUGAAGUGUAUGGAGUCAAGACCAUUACAUGUGUGCUGCAUAUAUACAAUGUUCACUUAAAAAUCAAGAGAUGGUAUUACAAAACCAGUGUUCUUCAUGGCCUGGGCUUUGUUCGGUGGAAAGAAAGCAUUGGGCUGUUGAUUAACUCCUAGACCCAAGUUAAUAUAUUCAUAUGUAUUUUCCUCACUAGAAUAAAGAGAAAAGAAAGUCAUCCCACUAGGCCUGUCUUAUUACUUAUUCAAGGAAUAGCUGGAGUGGGUCUACAUGGAACCUGUUUCUAGUGGAGAAGACAAGUUAGAUGCUGGUACUUCGCAGGUGUUAUUA